GCCGCUUUACACCGCUCAUAAUUCUGUUGCUAGUAACCUUAGGUAUUUUGCCAAAAAGGUUCUCACUUUUAUGACACUCGAUACGUAAAAAAGCAGCUAGUUGCAGAAAUAUAACAGGAAAGGGAAAAAACGACAGAGAAAGAUUGUAAAAAAAGAAAAAAAAACUUAUCAUAAUGGCAGAGAAGACAUUAGCUGAACAUCUUGCAGCUUCAGUGCUUGACAAUCUUCGAUACCAACAUGACUGGACAGACUUACAAAUCAUAACUCAUUCCCCCGUGGACAAUUCACUUUUGCCCAGGCCACUGAUCUCCGGCUUGCCUCCACAUCAGCUCUAUUUACAUCCAGACGACCAAAUCGAGAUGCUCAAGUCCCAUCAGAAACCUAAAGAUAAUGUUACAGAAGCGCCUUUAGUCGAAUGGGUGUUACCGACUCAUCUAGCUGAAAAAUGGACUCUCAGGUCGUUUGCAAGUGUUUUCGAUUCUAUGCCACCACAGGCCUCAACAUCUCCAGAUCGAGCCAAGAGGGUUUUGCUAGCUACGAUACAUGACGAUUCCACUAUCGUUUAUUACUUUAUGCAUGAUGGCAUUGUCAAACCUCGUCAGAACUAAUAUGUCCCCUCAUCAUCCAGCUACGGCUUGAAGACGACCUUUUGGACUUUCAUCUUGUCAAAUAAGUCAUAUCCCGUUACAGCCCCAGAAAGAGGCAUGAUUUUCUCGAACAUGAAUCUAUGAGAAUUUACUUGUCAGCUACGACAGAUUUCUCAUUACCUGAGUCUACAUGUUAGAAGGGGUU